GCUGCCGACAUGAGCUGUGUUGCCUCCUGCCUGCUGGCCGCCCUUGGGGGCAACGCGUCGCCCAGCGCCAAGAACAUCAGGAAGAUCCUAGACAGUGUGGGCAUCAAGGCAGACAACGAGAGGCUCAACAAGGUCAUCAGUGAGCUCAGUGGCAAGAACAUCGAGGAUGUAAUCGCCCAGGGCAUCGGCAAGCUGGCCAGUGUGCCCGCUGGUGGGACUGUGGCUGUGUCUGCUGCCCCGGGAUCAGCGGCCCCAGCUGCUAGUGCAGCCCCUGCAGCAAUGGAAGAGAAAAAGGAGGAAAAAAAGGGAGAGUCGGAGGAAUCAGACGACGACAUGGGGUUCGGCAUGGGGUUCGGCCUGUUUGACUAG